CCGACGAGAGCAACAGCAGUGGGCAGAGGAGCUCCUCCAGCAGGGAGUGUUUGAAGAGGAGCCCACAGAGCCCGAAAGCAGAGGGCUCCGACUCGAUGACAUCUCAGUCCUCACCCAGUGAAGAGGCUGGAAUGAUGACUGAGGUGAAAGUGAAAACAGAGGUACCAGAUGACUACAUUGAAGAGGUGAUCUGGCAGGAUGACACCAAAGAUUCCAAGAACAACAUCAAAGAUGGGCCGGGAGAUGUGCCCGCGGAGAUCUGCGUGGUCAUAGGUGGGGUCCGCAACCAGCAGACGCUCGAUGGAAAAGCAGUGGAACGUGGCUCUCCUGUUGGAUAUACACGAAAUCGAUAUUCAGGGACGUGGAUUUUUGACCAUGCAUUGAGAUACACAGCCGGGUCUUAUGAGUGUGGAAUAUGUGGGAAGAAAUACAAGUAUUACAACUGUUUCCAGACCCACGUGCGAGCACACAGAGGAAGACAUAAAUGUGUUCCUUUCCAUCUAGGUGCCCCUCUGGCUGCGGAAAGGGAGAAGAAGCCUCUCUCCAGAGCUGUCUUUGUGCUGCCCUGGGUGGAAUCCACAGAAACAAACAAUUUUAGGUAUACAUGUGACAUUUGUGGGAAAAAAUAUAAAUACUAUAGCUGCUUCCAGGAGCACAGAGACCUGCACGCCGUGGAUGACCCCUAUGACCAGGCCGUCAUCGCCGCCGACGAGGUCAAGGAGGAGGAGCCGGAGCCGUUCCAGAAGAUCGGGCCAAAAACUGGCAAUUACACCUGUGAGUUCUGUGGGAAGCAGUACAAGUACUACACUCCCUACCAGGAGCACGUGGCCCUGCACGCUCCCAUCAAGUUCUCUCGAUCUCCACUCUUCGUGGCAGUGAAGACCCAGACGAGCCAGUCCAGCAAAAAAUCUCCGGCGUCCCUAAACCGCUGUUCCGGCCUCCUGCACCGCACCCCCUCCGGGGUCCCGCCCGCCUCCCAGUCCCAGAUGUUCCGCACUCCAAACUCUGGAUCCCCAGGAAGCAAGGCCAUCACAGCAGAAAGUGCUUUCAGCAGAAGAGUGGAAGGCAAAGCACAAAACAACUUUGAAGAAACAAACAGCAAUUGCCAGAAUUCCAGUGGCUCCUGGCAUUCCAAACCUGUUAAAAAGGUGAUAUGGGAAUCCUGCUCCCAAGGACUGGGUACUUUAGCAUAG